AUGCAAGCCGCCACAACUUCGACUUCGUCUUCGCACCACGUGUCGCCCAUAUCGUGCCCGCCGCAGGAGAAGCCGCAGGUGACCCUCGCCGACGUGCUACGCGGCGGAGCCGAGAACGACCGCCGCUCGCUCCAGGCCUACCUUCACACCCUGGCCGCCCGCGAGAAGGAGAAGCGCAAGCGCAAGCGCAACGACCGCAAGAGCAAGCGCUCGUCUUCUUCGUCGAGCAGCAAGCGGAGGAAGCGCAGCGAAGAGGAACUGAACGCCGCGGCCGGCGCUACUUCGUCUUCGGGCUCCAUCGAUUCGACGUCUUCGGCCAACUCGACCCCGUCGGGCUCCAUCGACAUGUCGGCCAACAUGAUGAUGCGCGGCAGCGUCGACCUCUCCGCCAUGCGCCUGGCCAGCAACGAGUACGACAUGGGCGCCCAUCACAUGCGCAGCCGUAGCGUCGACUUUGGGGCUCUACGUUCAAGCACGGCCGCGUUCGAUGCGAUGCGGGCGAGCCUCGACAUGUCGGCGGGCCGGGCCUCGGGCUGGGCCAGCACUACAGCCACCACGCACCACGGCAGCUUCCACCACCCGAGCGCCCGGGCGAGCUGCGACUUCGACGCGACGGGCUUCGGGGCCGACAUCAGCCCCACGUCGUCGUUCAGCAUGGAGGCGGGUCCUGUCUUCCUCGAGCCCGCCCCCCUGGCCUCCUUCUCGGUCGACGAGCACUCGCCCCAGCCGCAGCAGCAACAUCUUCAUCAACAACAGAUGAUGAUGAACCACGGUGGCGCUACGUUCCAGCAGCCGCAGCCCGUCCAGCAGCACUACGCGCAGCAACACCAGCAGCAGCAGAUGCACACGAGCUACCCCCAGUCCCAGCAGGCCCAGGUGGUGACCGACCUGCCCGACUUCGAGGACUUUGUGAGCUCGGCCUUCCUCCAGGCCUUCCCCGACCAGGCCGACCCCACCCUCCUCGAGCCGGGCAUCCCCGAGCAGCAGCCCUCGCCCGAGGCCCCAGUCCAGGCCGCCGCCGCCGCCCCGGUCUUCGCCGUGCCUGCCCCGCCGCAGCACUUCCAGCAGCGACAGCAGUCGCAGCACUACCACCACCCGCCCGCCCAGCAGCACCACCACCAGGCCCAGCCGAGCUGCAGCUGCCCCGACUGCCAUGUGACUCCCGUCCACUCCUCGUCGACGCAGCAGCAGCACGGCAACAACAGCUUCGCUGCCGCGGCGGCGGUCGAUGAGAACUCGCUGGGUCAGGCGGGCUUCGUGGGCGUGGAGGAGGACCAGGUGGAAAACUUCCUGGCCCAGUUCAUCGAGUGGAGCGAGCAGCGCGGGGUGGCGUCGCCGUCGUCGGCCUCCUCCCCGGCCGUCUCGUCGCCGGCCACCUCCCUGUACUACUAG